GGAAAACUCUAUCCACUUCCUCUCUCUCUUUCCUGCUGUACCUCUGAAGGGGCAGACAGGACUUUUCCUGUCUCUCUCUUCUUCUCCCCCCCCCCUUUCUAAUAAAACUUCUUUCCCUGUAAGCUCUGUCUGCCUGGUGUGUUUGUCCCCUGCCUUGGGAUCCGCCCGCAGUCCCCCAUUGGCUCCAGUUUCUCACAGGACCUAUCUCUUGGUGCUACCACCCACUGCAUUCACCUCGCUCUGUACCCACACAACAGCUUCUCUAUAGGAAUCUCCACAAGCACUUGGGCUGCAAACACUGAGGGUUAGCCCCUCAGCACCCGCCAGCUCCGUGUUCAGGCAACUCCCACCACAGCACAUGAGUUUCUUCCCUGUGAUCCCUGUGUGUUUUUUUCAGACAGCGGGCUCCCUCUCCCCUGUGGGUUGCAGGCAUUCUUUGGACUCCUCCUCACGCUGCUCCACACUAGGUAGCCGCCUUGACACCUGCUCAGGCUUCUAUUGUUGCAGCCACCACACUCUCAGCUCAUGGCUACAUGCUAGCAGCUGCAACUGUCCUCAGUCACGUGUGCACCACCUGUGCUCUCUGCUCAGACAUGCUAUGCAGUGGCAGCCUCACCUUCCUUUGUCAUCAUCAUCAUCAGAUUUGAUGACACAAUUAGGAAUUCUUAAAGGGAGGAAUGAGUUUUGUGGAGUUUUUUUUUUUUCAAGAGAUUUCUCCCACGUUAAAAAAUGAGCAACACUCUGUGCCAGCGUGUUGAGCCAGAAGCAGCUGCCGGGAUGGGCUGUUUCUCAUGAUCCGGCGCCACAAGAUCACCAUCCUCACGGAGGAUGCUGCAGCGCAUUGUCAAGGGCAUCCUCAAGCGCCGCCGGAUGAGCAGCGGCUGUACAAGGAUGACCAGCUCCCUGACGGAAAAACUCUGGGCGAGUGUGGCUUCACUAGCCUGACAGCAAAGCCGCAGGCCCCAGCCACAGUGGGCCUGGCCUUCCCAGCAGAUGAUGCCUUUGAAGCCCUGCACAUUGAGCCCUUUUCCAGCCCUCCAGGGCUUCCAGAUGUGAUGAAGCCACAGGAUUCUGGAGGCAGUGCCAUGAACACACUGUGCAGUGAGGGCCCUGGGCCCACCCCUUUAGAUACCUAUUUCCUCAAUAAAGAUUUGGAUGCUGAAAAAAAUGAGAAACACUAUCAAUUAUAAACAUCAGUUUGAUAA